AUGGCUGAACAACAACAACAAAUUCCUACUUUUAAAUUAGUUUUAGUUGGUGAUGGUGGUACUGGUAAAACCACCUUUGUUAAAAGACACUUAACUGGUGAAUUUGAAAAGAAAUAUAUUGCUACUAUUGGUGUUGAAGUUCAUCCAUUAAGUUUCUUUACCAAUUUUGGUGAAAUUAAAUUUGAUGUUUGGGAUACCGCUGGUCAAGAAAAAUUUGGUGGUUUAAGAGAUGGUUACUAUAUUAACGCUCAAUGUGCCAUUAUUAUGUUUGAUGUCACUUCUAGAAUCACUUAUAAAAACGUUCCAAAUUGGCACAGAGAUUUAGUUAGGGUUUGUGAAAACAUCCCUAUUGUUUUAUGUGGUAACAAAGUUGAUGUUAAAGAAAGAAAGGUCAAAGCUAAAACUAUUACUUUCCACAGAAAGAAGAACUUGCAAUAUUACGAUAUCUCUGCCAAGUCUAAUUACAACUUUGAAAAGCCAUUCUUAUGGUUAGCAAGAAAAUUGGCUGGCAAUCCACAAUUAGAAUUUGUCGCUUCUCCAGCUUUAGCUCCACCAGAAGUUCAAGUCGAUGAAACUUUAAUGAAACAAUAUCAACAAGAAAUGGAACAAGCUACUGCCUUACCAUUGCCAGAUGAGGAUGAUGCUGAUUUGUAA